AUGGCUCGCUGGUACACCACAUGGGCCAAAGAGCGGCUUGUGGUGGCCGUGCCGGGCUCCGGCAUCGUGACUCACGCGGCGCGAGCCUCGGACUGGACGACCUCGUGCAUCUGGAUUCACCGCGGCAGAACGCAGGAAAUCGCAGUCACGAAGUCGGACACGGACUGGGCUGCCGCCAUGAAGAAUCGGCGACAUCUUCUGCUUCCCGCACGUCGUGCCGAUCUGGUGGUGGCGUGCUCAGAAGCCGGUGGCCGAGACGGGUCGGUUGCACAAACAGCUCCGCGGAUGGCCGUUGCGGGCUUUUCCGGCAAAUUCCCAGGAGCCGACUCCGUGCAGGAUUUCUGGGAGAACAUCCAAAGGGCAGCUGUGUCGGCGACGUUCCUCUCCAAGGACUUCUUGCGACGGAAGGGAGUGCCGGAGACCACCCUGGGCCACAAAGACUUCGUGCCGGCCGCCUACAUGAUCAACGAUGCAGACAAGUUCGACAACGUCUUCUUUGGCAUCGGACGCCAUGAGGCAUCGUUGAUGGAUCCACAGCACCGCGUCUUCAUCCAAGAGUCCUGGGCGGCGCUGGAGAAUGCGGCGCUGCCGCCAAAGCAGUCCCUUCAAGAUGCCGUCGUCGGCGUCUUCGCGGCUGCCGGUAUCGAUGGAUACAUGGUGCACCACUUGGAUGGCAAGUCUUUGAAGGACACAAUGAACCCGCAGGACAUCUUCCUGACCGAGAUCGGCAACGAAAAGGACUACAUCGCCACCCGGGUGUCCUACCUUCUGGACUUCACCGGGCCCUCCAUGAACGUGAAUUCCGCCUGCUCCUCCGCUCUGGUCGCCGUCGCGCAGGCCGCUGCCGCCGUGGCCGCAAACCAGUGCGAUGCUGCCGUGGCGGGAGCCUCCUCUAUCACCUUCCCGAACCUCGGGUAUCUCUACUCCGAUGGCCUGGUCAGCUCUAAGGACGGCUAUGUCCGACCCUUCGAUGCUGGUGCGGAUGGCACGGUCUUUGGUGACUCUGUGGCGGCGAUGGUGCUUCGACGACAGGAGGACGUUGGGGAAAGCGGCCUCCUCUACGCCGGGCUCCGGGGUUUCGCCGUCAGCAACGACGGCGCUCAGAAGGCCGGCUAUGCGGCUCCUUCGUCGAAUGGUCAAGCCAGGGCCAUCCAGGUCGCCAUGAACAUGCUCGGGGAGGAUCCCUGGUCCAUCUCCUACGUGGAGUGUCACUGCACCGGCACGCGUAUCGGCGAUGGCAUCGAGAUCCACGGCCUGCUCAGCGCCUUCGAAAACGUCGGCGGCCGGAAGCAGGCUGGUAGCGACGCAACAGUUGCGUUAGGCUCUGUGAAGGGGAAUAUCGCGCACGCCAACUGCGCGGCUGGAGCCACGGGCCUUAUCAAGGCGCUGGCAAUGAUGGGAGCGAGGAGCCUGGCGCCCACCGCGAAUUUCAAGCAGCUGAACCCGAAGAUCAACUUGGAGAACACGCCCUUCUUCGUGAACUCAGAGGUCUGCCAGUGGAACAAGAAGAAGCCUCUUCGUGCAGGAGUCAGCUCCUUUGGAAUCGGCGGCACCAACGCUCAUACCAUUCUUGAAGAGGUGAACAAUCCUACCGUGGACAUCUACAGCACGGCAAAGAAGCCCCUGGGCUUCCAGCUGCUGACCCUCUCUGCGAAGACACCGGGCUCCCUUAGAAAAGCCGCGGAUCGACUCUCGAGCAGUCUCAAAGCGGAGGCGGCCCAGAGUGCGGCGGCUGCAGUUCAGGACUUCGCCUACACCCUGCAGGCUGGCCGCACAUCCUUGGCGCUGCGGCGCACAGCAGUUGUCCCCGCGGAGGGCACCCGGGCAGAGGCACUGCAACGCGCUGCGGAGGUCUUAGAGUCGUCCUUCCCGGAUGUUGAGGAACUGGAGGAGCUGGAGGAUGCUCGGAAGCGACCUCCGGUCGCUUUCGUCUUCCCGGGACAGGGCAGCCAGUACCUCGGCAUGGCCAGAGGUCUCUACGAGCAGGUGGCGCUGUUUCAGCGAAUCGCGGACCAGUGCUGUGAGCAGUUGGCCUCGCCACAGUUGCUGGGCCAGGAUCUUCGGCCGUUGCUCUUCGGGAGCGCGUUUACCCCCGAGGAAGCGCAGAAGGAGUUCGAGAAGCCUUCCGUCUUGCAGCCAGCCCUCUUCGUGGUGGAAUAUGCCUUGUCGCAAGUUUUCCUCGCCGUGAACGUAAAGCCAGUCGCCUGUGCCGGCCACUCGCUUGGGGAGUACAGCGCCGCCGUCGUCGGUGGCUUCCUGUCCCUUGAUGCCGCUUUGGCUAUUGUCGCUGCGCGCGCAAGGUCCACCGAGACCUUGGCGGAGGAGGGCGCAAUGCUGUCCGUGGCCGACUGGUCCUCCGAGGAGUUGGAGGCCGUGGCCGCCGGCUCACGGCCGGGGCUUUGGCUGGCCGCCGUGAACUCCCCGCAGCACGCCGUCGUGUCUGGCGAGGUGCAGGCAGUUGCAGCGCUGGAGGCAGAGUUGAAAGCAGAGGGGACCAUGGAAGAUGCCAGCUUCCAGAUCGUGCUCAUCAAGGCUGCCGCUGCUGCAGCUGGGUGUAAAGAUCGCAAAAUCGUCCUCUGGCGGGAGAAUGCUGAGAGGCUCAUGUCGCAGUGGCGGCCUGCCAUCGUUCUCGAGGUGGGGCCAGGCAACGUACUCAGCACGCUGACUUCAAAGUGCGUCCAGCCGCACGGCCACAAGCCAGACUUCGUCCAGGCUAUGCGGCAUCCCAAAGCGAGCGGAACGCACGACGUGGAGGCUCUCUUGGGUGCGCUGGGGAAACUUUGGGAGGCUGGAUGCCCGGUCAACUUCGAUCAGCUCCAUACCAAGGUGCUGGGUGCCACACGCGUGCCGCCUUCCGCACGGCUUCCAGCCUAUGCCUUUGAGACGACUCCUCUCUGGGUGAAUCCGGAGAGGUCCGUCUAUGUCGAUGCUACCGAGGAUCCGGCGCCUGCCGCCUAUGUGGCUGCCGAGGCAUCGGCUCCCUAUGGAUCAUCUUCGCGAGUGCUUGUGCGCUAUGGGGAAGAUCGUGAGACCGAGCCGGCGUUGAAGGCCUACUGCCUUCCCUUUGCCAGCGGCUCCUCGGCCGUCUUCGCGCCAUGGACAGAGGACGAAACCGUCGAAGUCAUUGCGGUGGAGUUGCCUGGCCGUGGCAAAAGAUCCGAGGAGGCAAUGCCGGCGGAUGAUGCAGGUGACGACGCCAUGCUGCAGGCGUUGAUGCAAGACAUCAUGGCAGAUCUGAGGGGGUGCCCAUAUGUCUUAGUUGGCUUCUCUAUGGGUGGUGGUUUGGCCAUGGAGCUGGCCAUGCGCAUUGCCGCCGCCCCGACCUGCCCAGAACCUUUGGCGGUGUAUGUCGCUGGCCGGAAGCCUCCAGCGCAGAAUCCUUCCUUGGUGUCCGACAUCAACAUGUCCAAUGAAGAGCUGGCAGCCUAUGCCUUCGCUCCACCGGAGGCGGCGGCAUCGGCAGAAUUCCGUGAACAUGUAGUGCCUUUGUUGCGCGCCGACCUCGAGGCAGAUGCCCGGGCGGAGAAGCGGCUGAGCAACGCGGGCCUGGAGGGGCGACAGCUGCCGGCCACCGUUGGUGUUGAGCUGUUCUGCGGGACAAGCGACACCGUUGCACCGUGGCUCGAGGCACCCGGGUGGCAGCGAUACGCGGAGUCUGCCGUCGGCCUCCACUACUUACCGGGCGGCCAUGAGUUCAUGCAGGAGCAGCGCACGAACAUCUUCUCCACAUGGCGUCGAGAUGCACUGGGCCGUCUUGUGCAACGUCGAUCUGCUGAGGCGGCGCUUCUGGCGGCGCAGUCCUUUUCCCCCGCUGGCAAAGCAAUUCUUCAAGGCUUCGGCGCAUCCGCAUUUCUCACAGGCGGCAGCAGCAGCAGCCGGAGCGGCAGCAAGACCAAAACGGAGGACGCACCUUUGCCACUCUAUGCGGUGCGGUGGCACCAUGCAACACCGGCGGAGAAUCCGGCGCAAGGGGAGGCAGCGCCGGUGAUCCUGAAGCUCGGUUCGGAGGCGAUCGCCGAAGGUGAUGUUCAGAGAGCGCUGGAAGCCGCGAAGAAGGGUGAACAGAUCGUGGCCGUGGCGCUGCCCACGCCUGGUGCCUUCUGCAGUCAGGAGGAAGAGGUGCAGCUCAGCUGGCACUUCGUGCAGCUUGUACAGAGGCUGCUUGAAGCCGGCGUGGGUGCUCGCCUGCUGGUGGUGUGCCCUGCAGCUGCAACUGGGGCGAUGGCUGCUGGCGCAAGCAAGGCAGUCGCAAUGGAAGACUCGUCGCUGAAGAUCCAACGCAUUUUCGUCCCCGUGGACUGCCUGCAGAGGAUCGACGACCUGGUGCCUCGUCUCUGUGCUGUCUCGUCGGCACACAAAGAUGAGACGGACCUGUGGAUCCGGGAUGCCUCGCUUCGCGGCCUUCCUUUUGUGCCGCGACUGGAGCGGAUGCCUGCCGGAAGCGCUAAGGCCUUGCGCCUGCACUCGAAGGGCUUCGACGGGGAGCCUGCGAAGUUUCUACUGACGGGAGCCACCGGCGGCCUAGGAAAGGCUGUGGUGUCGUGGCUUAUCAAGGAGCAGGGAUUUCAGCCUGAGCAGCUGCUGCUCCUACGCCGGGCGGGCUCCAGCAAGCUUGAGGGCGAGCUUGCCCGCUGCACCGUGGUAGAGGCCGCCAAGGUGGACUGCCAGGAGAUGCUGAAAGAAUCGCUGAAGGAGGUGCAGGGCAUCUCUGGAAUCCUUCAUCUGGCCGGGGUGCUCGACGAUGGGGUCGUCGGAGGAAUGACAGAGGAGAGGAUGCGGAAGGUAGCCCAACCUAAGUGUGGAAUGCUGACGGCGCUGCUGAAUGCUGCGAAGGAACUGCAGUGGCCUUUGCAGUGGACCUUGGGCUUUUCCUCCACAUCCUCGUUGUUCGGCUAUGCCGGGCAGGUAAAUUACUGCGCGGCCAAUGCGCUGCUAGACCAGCUUGCUGCUUUCAGCAGCGAGACGGCGCGUCCUGAGGGGGAUCGACCACCAUGCCGCUUCAUCACCGUGAAUUGGGGUCCCUGGGGUGAGGCGGGCAUGGCUCAGGUGGGAACAAAAGCUUACGAGCAGGCGGUGAAGGAGGGCGACACGCCUCUUUCAACUGCAGCAGCGUUGCGCUGCCUUGCCGUGGCACUGAGACAAGUUAACCAGGCGGAGCCAAGCACUACGCAGCUCUGCGCCUGCGACGUGGAAUGGCAAAAGUCCCAAUGGCAGGACUUGCCCAUUUUGGAUCACGUCCACGAGAGGCAGGCGGCUCCAGCCGCGGAGGCUCAGACCGAGGACAAGGGCUCCAAAGAGAGUUCGGUGCAGGGGUUCUUGGCCCAGCAAGCCAAAGCUGGCGGAAGCUGGGGCCGAGUCAAGGGGAAGUCUCUGCAUCAACUCGGACUGGACUCCCUGGAGUUGGUCCAGCUAAGGAAUCUUUUCAAUAAGAAGUACAAUGUCAAUGUACCGCUCGGUAUCAUCGCCGACCCGAGUCAGAAGCUUGGCGAAUUGGCCAGUGCUUUGCUCAAGUUUGUCGCAUGA